GCCACAGCAUUCAGAGCCCUUAGUUUUUACGUGGAGGAAUGAGAAUGCGGACAUACUUUGACCUUUAACCUUCGGCCGGGUGGCGAAGGGAACCGCCUCCGUCUCUAUAUAAGGAAUUUUCCGGUGGUUCCGGGUCCUUUUUUUUUCUGGUAGCGCCAGGCUCGGAUCGCCUGCGCUCUUUCUCACAGCUGCUCCCCAGCCCCCAAAGACAGCCCACGCCAUGGGUUUUGGAGAUCUGAAAAGCCCCGCCGGCCUCCAGGUGCUCAACGAUUACCUGGCGGACAAGAGAUACAUCGAGGGGUAUGUUCCAUCACAAGCAGACGUGGCAGUAUUUGAAGCAGUCUCCGGCCCACCGCCAGCCGACUUGUGUCAUGCCCUCCGUUGGUAUAAUCACAUCAAGUCCUACGAGAAGGAAAAGGCCAGCCUGCCAGGAGUGAAGAAAGCUUUGGGCAAGUAUGGCCCUGCCAAUGUGGAAGACACCACAGGAAGCGGAGCCCCCGAGAGUAAAGAUGAUGAUGACGACAUUGAUCUCUUUGGAUCUGAUGAUGAGGAGGAAAGUGAAGAAGCAAAGAGGCUAAGGGAAGAACGCCUUGCACAGUAUGAGUCAAAGAAAGCCAAAAAACCUGCACUAGUUGCCAAGUCUUCCAUCUUGUUAGAUGUGAAGCCUUGGGAUGACGAGACAGACAUGGCAAAAUUAGAGGAGUGCGUCAGAAGCAUUCAAGCAGAUGGCUUGGUGUGGGGCUCCUCUAAAUUAGUUCCAGUGGGAUAUGGAAUUAAGAAACUUCAAAUACAGUGUGUAGUUGAAGAUGAUAAGGUUGGAACAGACAUGCUGGAGGAGCAGAUCACUGCUUUUGAGGACUAUGUGCAGUCCAUGGAUGUGGCUGCCUUCAACAAGAUCUAAAAUCCAUUCUGGAUUGUUGCACUUAAAUAAAAGCUUGAAGGAUAA